ACUUUACAGGUACAUGUACGAAGAAUUUCGUCACAAAGUUUGAAGUUACGUUGAGAACAACGUACGUUUUCUUCGUCAUUUAUCCUACACACAUUAUAUGAAAGUUUUUUUUUCACUUUUGAGGUUUGAAUGCAGUCUCGAAGCACAAAGUAGAAGCCAUUUGAUGCUAGAUUUUGGCCGGUAAGCUGAUAGACAUGGGAAGUUUUGCUGGCCAUGCCCUUCCGGGUUCGUUUUUCAUCCUGUUCGCAAUAUGGUGGAUGGUUCAGUACGCGUACGAGGUGGUGGCACUCGACGGCGGCCGACAACAGCCGCGGGGCCGAAUCAUGCGAUUCCUCCACAGCAAGCCCAUCGAGGGUGGCCUUGUGGUCUUUGCUGGUGUCGCUGGAUUCAUUGCAGAGAACAUGUAUCCAGCCCCGAAGUGGGGCAUCUAUGACGAAGACGGCCGGUUCGCCUACACUCACGUCUGGCAACACUGCGAGAUGUACACCUUCUUUGGGCUGUACGGCAUUGCCGUGAUCCUGUCCAAGACCUGCAUGCCACAGGCUGAGAAGUACACCAAAAUUUUGGGCAGCCUGGCAUUCUUCGUCGAGGGGAUGUUGUUCCACUUCCACACCGUGGGUCGCGCUUCCAUCGACGUCCACCUCCAUAAGCUCCUGGUGUAUGCCAUCGCUGCUUGUGUGGUCUUCACCUUGGGUGAAGCAUUCUUCCCCAAGGAAGGCCGAUUCCGCAUCAUGCGCUGUGUUGCUGUCUUCUUACAGGGUACUUGGUUCUUUCAGGUCGGCACCGUCCUGUAUUGGCCCCCUUCAGGGAAACCCUGGGAUGACAAAGAUGAAGCCAAUCUGAUGUUUCUGACGGAAGCUUUUGCCUGGCAUCUCCUAGUUGCUAUUCUUGUCAUAGUGAUAGUGUAUGGAAUCUCAUGUCAUGUCCUGAAGGCCACCGGACACGCUGCUGUCCGCUACCGCAACAUGAAUGGCAUUGCUGAUGGUGACGACAUUGAAUUUGGUACCAGAAAAUUGCUGGACAAUGGUGCACCAAAUAACCUUGAUUCUGACAAUGAGUUAUUUCAAAAGUAGCUCACAUACAAAAUUGUAAAGCAUGAAUUCACUCAAAUUAUAAAAUUUAGCAAUUUUUGCCUGUGAUUGAUGAGUUAUGAAAUUCUAAAUUUUCAUUUCAAACUAAUUAUGCUCUCUCAAAUACAUGUUCUUCGUACAGUUAUGAUGUUAUCCUUCAACCUUACCUGCACUGAGUGAAAUUCCGUUAUCAAAUUGUCUCAGUAUGUGAUAGAGGUAGUUUUGGCUCAGUACAAGAGUUUUGUUCAAAAAUGUAUUAUAAAAUUCCUCAGUGACAGGAUGUUUGAUUUCCUGUAAUAAAAACCCCAGGGAAUGAGUAUGGUUAGUUCUGUACACAAACAUAUUGGACCUGCUAAACAGUCUGGACUUGCCCUAGAAAAUAAGGUCAAGGUUUUCCUUGGAAGCUUGUUGAGUUUCAAAAUGUUUUGCCAAAGA